AUGGUGCUGCGCAGUGAUACCCAGGCGCCUCUUUCGCCGAGCGCCGUGCACGACGGCGUGUCGUAUGCGACGGCCCAGCUGCGGCGCCAGCGCCGAGUCGUAGGCGGCUCGGUCGAGCGUGCCUCGCCUUACUGGCGCGCGCGCCGCAGCGCGGGCUUGCUGCCUGGUGUGCGCCCUGAUGGUCCGCAGCGCGCGCGCCUCCCGGUGAUGCGCGGCGAGUGGGAGCGGUACCAGGCCGCGUACCUGCGCAUGCUCUCGCUCUCUCGGAAGGCCAAGGCGCCCGAGCCGGCCGCGAGCGAAGACGAGUCGGACUCGGACGGUGCGACGCCGCCCGGCGAGCACCGGCGCCAGCUCGUGAAUAUGGUCAACGAGGUGCUCCCGCGCCUUGCCGAGUGGGACGAGGCCGAUGAACGGCAGCUGCGUGAGGGCCGCUUUGGCUGGCUCUAUGCGGCGCCGUGUGAUGCGCGUGUGCCGCGCUCGACGCUGCUGCAAGCGCUGCACUACUACGUGGCGCGCUUUUACGAUACGCACGGCCUCCUCCGUCCUGUCGCUGCCUCCGCCGCGACGACCGACGCCACGCCGGACGAGUGUGAACGCGCGCGAGACGAGUCGGCGCAGCCCAUGCCGGAGAUGGAGCCAGGGUCGCCGCUGUGGACGUACUGGGCGCACCACUCUCUGGGCUGGGCACGCACGAUGGCCUGGCGUAUGGACGCCAGUGCGCUGGUGGCGCUCGGCACGCUGGUCGAGGCGCUGGUCGAGGAGCUGGUGCCGCGCGCCGCACCCGUCGCCGCACGCCCCGUCGCAUCGCGGAGGCGCGAUGCUGAGGCGCUGUGUGAGGCUCGCAGGGCGCAGGCGCCAGCGCAGCGUGGCAUUUCGCGGUACUGGGCUCAUGCCACAUAG